UAGGCAAGACGCGGGAGGGACAGGGAGACAGGACGGCCAGGACCCUAAGCGGAGCAAAGCCACAGGCGUCCAGGAAGCGGUGUCACUGGUUAGGCAGCUGCUGUGUGCCCGCCCAGGGCUCCAGGAGCCAGGGCAGGUGCAGUCCUUUGCCUGCGCAGAUGAGGAUGUGAGCGCCGGAAACACACAGCCGGCUUUGAACCCAGGCCAGUGCAGCUCCCACGCUGGGGUGCCCUCUGCCCUAGGGGUCCUGGCAUCGCCCAGCCCCUAUCCUGGGAUCCAGGCGCCGUCCCACAGGUGCUGCUGGCCAUGCUGUGCUGGCUCCUGCUGCUCCUGCCGCCCUUCCUGCUGCUGGUCCUGCUGCUGCUGCCCACUGUGGCGCCACGCGCGUGCCCAGGAGCCAGCCUGGACUGGCUCACAGGCCUCCAGCAGCGCGUGGCCUGGGGCACCCUGGGCUGUGUGGCCGCCUGGCAGCGGCACAGACUGGAACACAGCACACGUCACGCUUCCUGCAGCCAGCAGCAGGCCCUGGCGUGGUGUCUGCGGGGAGCCCCAGGUCCCCGUGGCCAUCCCAGGGGAAGCACAGGGCCUACAGACAUGAGAACCUUUCGGAACCACCUCCCUCUGACCACGGCUAGUCAAGCCCAGGAGGAAGAAAGUGGGUGGCAGGAGCAGCACCCCACCUCAAGCCAGUACCCCCGGGAGGCCGCCCUGCAGGCCACCGUGCUGGGCCUGGCAGCCCUCAGCAAGGCAUACCCCGCUGUGCUGGCUCCAGGGGCCACAGCCCGUCUGACCCCCACCUCCCCAUGGCCACGCCCACUGCUCUGGCUGGGACCUAUCCUAGGCCUAGCAGGUCCCCCUGGCGCUGAGGACCCCCAGGCCCUGCUGCUGGCUGCCCUGAGAUCCCCGGGGCUCAGGGCCCUGGAAGCUGGGACUGCCACGGAGCUCCUGGAUGUCUUCACAGGCCUGGAGGCCCAUGGCGAAGAGCUGGCUAGGGCUAUAGCUGCCGGGCACUUGGGAGCCCCUCUCCCAGGACGGGCAGCCGAACUCCAGGCAGCCCUGGAGCAGGGGCCCCGGGGUCUGGCCCUGCGUCUGUGGCCACAGCUGCAGGUGGUGGUGACGUUGGAUGCUGGUGGCCAGGCCGAGGCAGUGGCUGCCCUCAGAGCCUUGUGGUGCCAAGGCCUAGCCUUCUUCUCUCCGGCUUUCGCAGCCACUGGAGGGGCGCUGGCUCUGAGCCUAUGGCCUGAUCAGCCCCAGGGCAUCUACCUCCUGGCCCCUGGAGCCCCCUUCCUCGAGCUGCUGCCGGCUAAGGAAGGAGCCCCGGAGGAUGACAGCCACACCCUGCUCCUGGCAGAGGCCCAGCAGGGCGAGGAGUAUGAGCUGGUGCUCACCGACUGUGCCUGCCUAACCAGGUGCCGCCUGGGUGAUGUGGUCCUGGUGGUUGGCACCCAUAAUCAGUGUCCACUGGUCAGAUUUGUCUACAGGCAGGCCCAGACCCUGAGCGUGCGAGGGGAAGUCACCAGCGAGCGCCUAUUCUCCAAGGCCCUGCACCGGGCAGUGGCACAGUGGCCAGGCGCCCAGCUGCUGGACCACUGCUGCGUGGAGAGCGGCGUUCUGGGGUGCCCCUUCCCCAUGAAUCUCAGGAGGGAGACUCUCAAGCUGGGUGUGCCUGUCAUCCCAGUUCUCAGGAGGCUGAAGCAGGAGGAUCUCAGCAAGUUCAAGGCCAGGCUGGGCUUUAUAGGAAUGGCGGGCGCGGGAUCUCCACAGAUUCCUCCCAGGGCUCUGCUCCGCGCUAUGAGGUGUUCCUGGACCUGAGGGGGCUGAGGGACCUGUCAGAGGAAAAUCGAGACAAACUGGACCUCUGCCUGCAGGACGCCUCCCCGCGCUACAAGUCUCUGCGCUUCCGGGGCAGUGUGGGCCCAAUCCAGGUGCACCUCGUGGCCCG